AUGUAUGGCGUGGGAUAUCUGGAUGUGGUAGACGAAUUAAAACUUUUCCUAGAGGCAAUCAUUCACACUCUUUUUUACAAGCACGGCAUCUACCCACCAGACUCGUUCACAACCACCAAACGCUUCGGAAUCAAUGUUAGACGUCACAACCAACCCGAGGUCAUACACUAUGUCCAACAGAUAAUCGACGUAUUCCACCUGUUGCUUAAAGAUAAAAUAUUGAGAGAUUGUGCUAUCGUCAUUGAAGAAAACGGUUCCCCGAAAAACGUUAUAACCUACAACCUACAGGUGGAACACUUUCUUUACAAAACGCCUAUACGACACUUCGAUACCGAAACUCUACACAAUGAAUUCGCUAAGGCACUGAUGAAGAUUGAGAUCCGUAAAUGCGGAUUACAAAGGGAUCUCAAGGUAGCCGAUACAACACAGCAGCUCACAGAACCCUGUGAUUUCAAUGUUUACUUCUAUACUAUAAGCAAGCUGAAAGGUGCUAUAAUCAAAGGUUUUGGUCCAAAGGAGGAAAACGUGAAGCACGCAUAUGCUUACUCACCGCCGAUCUUAGAACUUGAAAAAAACAGGGAACUCAGCUCGGCACCGAGAGAUUAUAUACAGUCCAUCGUAUUACCGACGGGAGAAACGUACGAUGAUACAGACACGGACGUGCCACUCAUACAAUUAUAUACCUGUGAGUAG